CCCGCGAUACACCGAUACAUCCCUACCAUCAUUUUUCGCACACUCCAACUCUUGCCUUCACAUCACCUCCCCUACCCAGCCCCACCGAGUCUCUCAUUCCUCAGAAAUGGAUGAAAUUCAAGAACAAGACUUCGAGUCUGCCCAGAGCACCGCCGACGGAACCCUCCUCAUGCAGUGUUCUGCUCUCCAGCAAGGCGAUUAUGUCGCCAUUCAAGGGAGGCCCUGCAAGAUCAUUGAGGUGUCUACCUCUCAGCCCGACGAGAAUGGUGAAACUGAGGUUCAUCUCGUUGCUAUCGACAUCUUCACUGGCAAAACACUUGAAGCAACCUCUCUCUCAAACGAGACCAUGGAGUCCCCCAUCGUCACUCGUCAAGAUUAUCAGAUCUUGGAUACGGAUGUGAGUGGGGGAGGAAAGGAAGAACACAUAGAAAGUAAAGUCGCUGAUUGCCAACAAGUCUGACGACGGUUACUUGAUUUUGAGGGAUUCUAAAGGCGGUGAUAGGCAAGACAUCAGGAUUCCUGCCGGUGAUCUUGGCCAGCAGAUCAUUGAGAAAGAGGGCAAGGACCUCAUUGUCACCGUUCUUGGCGCCAUGGGAGAGGAACAAGUGAUGUCUUAUCGCGAGGGAAAGGUUUAGCCCAUCUGCUUGCUUUCUUAGCGCAGUAUGGAAUUUUUAUGGUGCUUGUACAUAGGCAUGAUGCAUGACUGAAUACCAUGUUCUGAAAA